UCCUGCGCGUCCGCCUCCGCCUCCUCCCUCGUCGGCCGCCAUCUCCUCCUCAGGCUUAGCUCUCCUCCGCCUCCGUUCUCGAGAGCUCGCCAGAAUGGUCGCCCACAGGUUCCAUCAGUACCAGGUGGUGGGUCGCGCCCUGCCGACUCCCGGCGUUGAGCAGCCCAAGAUCUACCGCAUGAAGCUCUGGGCCACCAACGAGGUCCGCGCCAAGUCCAAGUUCUGGUACUUCCUCAGGAAGCUGAAGAAGGUGAAGAAGGCCAAUGGGCAGAUGCUCGCCAUCAACGAGAUCUUUGAGAAGAACCCAACCACCAUCAAGAACUUCGGCAUCUGGCUCCGUUACCAGAGCAGAACCGGCUACCACAACAUGUACAAGGAGUACCGUGACACCACCCUGAACGGCGCCGUUGACCAGAUGUACACUGAGAUGGCCUCACGUCACCGUGUGAGGUCCCCCUGCAUCCAGAUCAUCAAGACGGCCACUGUCCACUUCAAGCUAUGCAAGAGAGAGAACACCAAGCAGUUCCACAAUGCUGAGAUCAAGUUCCCGCUGGUCUACCAGAAGGUGAGGCCACCCACCAGGAAGCUCAAGACAACCUACAAGGCGACAAGGCCCAAUCUGUUCAUGUGAUCAGGGAUAGGCUCUCUCCCCCCGUGUUUUGUGGUUUAGCGUGUAUGAAUCUGGAAGAUUUUGCCUGUCGAAGUUUUGAUGUCCUGUGGGUUAUGCACUUUGAAUGUUUGAUGUCGCCACUCUGGAUGAUGAUGCUUUGCCACUAUUAACUGUCUUGGAUCAGUUCAUUA